CUUCAAGAUGUCUGCGCCCAUGCAGAAAAUUAAAAAUCACAUUAUCAUGUUCAGAAAAAGUUUUUUAGGAGGUAUCCGGGAACAGCAGAAUAACACUGAUUGAAAGACUCUCCUAAUUAACUAAUUAAGAGCUUUUCAGAAAUGAAUAACCAAACAAUAGAUGAGAGUCUGGAUACGAAGGCUAUAGUCAAGAUCAAACAGGAACCUUUUAAUCAAUUAAAAGGAAAAGCUGAUGUGCAGCAAUCAGACAAGAAACAAACAACAGAUACACCACUAUCUCAUAAAGAUGCCAUGCAACAAGUACAAGACAUCCUGGCAGAAUUAAUUCCGUCGGAUCCAUUAUUACAAGAUUUACCAGGGCAGGUAACUCUAGAGGAAGUGAAUUCUAUGAUAGCUUUAGAACAUGGUCAGGCUAUGGUGGUAUUUGUUCGAAGAGAUGAUAAUAUUAGUAUGCCUAUAGUAGUGAUACAAGAUGCCACAGUAUUAGAUUUAAAACAAGCCAUCAAGAGAUAUGUCAUGUUAAAACAAGCAAGAUCUGGUAGUACACAACAUAUUAGCUGGACGUAUGUCUGGAGAAGACAUUGGUUAUAUUAUGACAACCAGAAAUUAUCAGAUGACAAGAAAACUUUAAAAGAAUAUGGUAUCAGAAAUAAAGCAGAAGUCACAUUUAUAAAAAGAUUAAAAGAAAAGUGAAAAUAGACGAUUGUGACCUGUGUUUGACUAACAACAUCAGUGUUCCAGUUAAACUUUCUGUCAAAGAGUGAACAUAAUAAAGAACUAUGGUGAUUGGUAUCAUGGUGUUGGCCGAGAAAUUUACCCACGAUUUUGAAGCCCAAUUUCCUCUGUCAGUGAUGCAGGGCGGAUUGCCUGGCGUACUUUAGACUAUCAUUUAACUCACACACCCCAUUUCAUUUUGUGAUUCCACAGUAGAAAUUGAAACACUUUGGUAACAGAUAAAUUAGUGUUGUUGUACAUGAAUGUGUAAGAUAUGAGACUGUGAAACUUUGACUUCCUUGUGGGGUGGGGGGAGCCGCUGUGACUUAGUAAGACCUUUACUCUCUAACUUGGAUGACUCUUUUCUCGAUCCCAGUGUUUUCCGUGAAAGUUCAUCUGAAUUUUCCAGUGUGGUUCCUCCUCCCUUGAUGUGAUGGCCACUAUGACAUUUUCAUGGGGUCAUUGUUUUUCAUCAAGAAAAUAAUAUAUUUGCCAAUUUCUCAACGGACACUAGUGAUUUAAAGGAUUAAUAGGAUUAUUCUUUAAUGAGUUAGGACACUAGUGAAUUAUAGGAUUAAUAAGAUUAUUCUUUAACAAGGUAGAAUUGUAUGUAAGCAGCCACCCAAGGGAAUUUUCACAACUGACCGCUUAACGGGAAUGGCCUCUUAAUAAAAUCUCGGUGCUUUUACGCUUGGAUGCAUUGGAAGCGAACAUCAAUACUUGCAUCGGUAAAUUUGACCAUCGCUGAAUCUUGCGCCGAACGAAAAUUCUUUACUCAAAUCUAGGACAUAACUUCUGUAAACUUUUCUUUUUGUACCAACCUUCGAUACUACUGUCUACCAUUGUGAUGCAUUCGAUAAUAUUUAUCCAUUUUUGUGAAGAAAAUCGAUGAAUUAAUUUUAUUUUAUCAAAAAAGCACAUGAACAAAAAACCAUCGCUGAUUUUAUCACCUAUUUACAGGGGGUGUAACGCUGUAUGUAAUAUUAUAGGAGGCGCUAAAACGUCUGUUUAACAACAAAGUUUGGGGAUCCACAGUGGUUCAGUGAGUAGGACGUUGCAUGGUUAAACUGGAGGUCCUGUGUUUGAUCCCUGCAUUGGCUGAGAAAGUUGUCAGUGGUGUAAGACAGAGAGCCUGGCAAGGGACAGCAUACAGUUGUUUGAAUGGUAUGAAAAACCAAAGUCCAGUGUACACAUUGGCGUGCACGUAAAAGAUCCCUUAUCAGUUUGUAUUCUAUAUAAGAUUAGAACGUAGUUCCGCUGUCUAGGGCAUGCACAUAAAAAGAUCCCUUAGCAGUUGGAAUUCGAUAUAAGAGUAGGUUGUACAUGUAGUGCCACUGUCCAGGAAAAAUUUCCUUCAUACCACAUAGUAUGCCCAUCAUCUUUGCCGAGUUGGAGCAGAACAUAUUUCAUUUUAUUUCCCUUAAAAAGUUCUGUUAAAAAUAUUUACAUAAACACAACCAGCUUAUUUGUGAAAUGCAUCUUUUUUAUUUUUAAAUAUUAUUACAAUUAUAGAAAUCAUUUUGUUGUAAAAAAUAUCACAAAUCAUCAACCAUGUAAAAUGUAAUUUGUAUUGUUGAAUAUUACAAUUAUAGAAAUAUCACAAAUCAUCAACUAUGUUAAAAUGAUAAUAAACAUAGAAAUUCAAUCACAAUGUUAUUUUUUUUGUAAUGUUAAACAAUGUGUAAACAAUGUGUAGACAAUGCUCUAUUGUUACUAAUGGUACCCUUCAUUCAGUACUUUUUGAAUAUUUCAAUAUAGAAAUAUCACAAAUCGUCAACUAUGUUAAAAUGAUAAUAAAUAUAGAAAUUCUA